GGAUGCAGGCUGCCGUUAGAGGGACAGAAGAAGAAGAACAGAGGAGGUCUGUGUGCAUGUAGAGAAUCAGUGAGAAUCACUUUUUAUCAAACUGAUCAAUAAUUGAUUCAGACACAAAGUAAAGUUCCUGCAGCUUCCGGUUCAAUAACCGCUGGAGAGCGGAGCUGGUUGACCGCGGGGAGACACACAGUCUCUGCGGGAGGAGAUGUACCGUGGUCGGCCUCCGCCGAGAGGAGGCCACCCGCCGCCUCCGAGGCCUUACCCGGCACAGGGUUACAGAGACGACCGGAGCCGGCCCAGGCCUCCGUACCACCCCGGAUACCACGACCAUGCUCACCCGGACCCGUACCGCCGCUCCCCACCGCGCAGGAGGUACCCUUCCCCCGGGUCAGGAAGCCACCGAGGCGGGGAGUACUGGUCCGGUGGUCCGCCGAGAGAGAGUUCUCCGUCACCUCGUGGGCCGAUUCCCCUGGACCGCAACCUGGUCAUCACUGUCGGCAACAAGCUGACUGGACCACCUGGGUCUGCCCCCUCACGCCACCAUGACCGAGACUACCCUCCUCGACCUGAGUACGAGCGGAGCCGAAGUCCGGACCGCAGCCGGGCCAAGAGUCGGGGGCGGAGCAAGAGCCGGCCCCGCAGCCAGAGCCGCAGUCCGGACCGCAGCCGGGCCAAGAGCCGGGGGCGGAGCAAGAGCCGGCCCCGCAGCCAGAGCCGCAGUCCGGACCGCAGCCGGGCCAAGAGUCGGGGGCGGAGCAAGAGCCGGCCCCGCAGCCAGAGCCGCAGUCCAGGCCGGAGCCGGGCCAAGAGCCGGGGGCGGAGCAAGAGUCGCCCCCGCAGCCAGAGCCGCAGCCCGGACUGCAGCCAGGCCAAGAGCAAGAGUCGCCCCCACAACAGGUCUUCGUCCAGGUCUAGAUCGAGGUCCAGGUCCAUAGGGCGGAGCAGAGGACGCAGCUACAGCAAAGCAGCAAGCCGCGGUCGCAGCAGGAGCCGGCACAGGAGUCGCAGUCGCAGCGUGAGCAGCAGCUCGAGCAGCGGAGACGAUGGCAGCGAGAAAUCCAGAAAAGAGUUCAAAGAGCUGCAGACGGCUCGCCGCAGGAAGGAGCUGGAGGAGAUGCUGAGCCUGCCAACCAAAUCCAUCCUGAAGAAACGCAACGACUCGGAGGACUCGCCAUCGCUCAGGAGCUCAGACUCUCCCAGAGGUCUGGAAGCCUCCAACAUCUGUCGAGUAGCCGACCAGCUGCUGCUGGCUGUUAAAGGCACGGAGCCCCACAGGGUCGCCUCCAUGCUGGCAGAGCUGCGCUCCGAUCCACGCAUGGCUCAACGCGCCGGUCUGGACGCCGAGAUCAAAGAGAUCCUCAACCUGCUGGGGGUUCAGGCGGCGGGGGGUCGAGCUCAGGAGAAGGCCGCGGACGACAUCGACGACGAGGAGAAGUUCCUGUACGGAGACUCGGAGGAGCCCAAACCUCCGCCGGUCUCCGAGCCGGUCCAACACCACGUUCUGGAUCUGUACGGAGACGUGACUGAGGAGGCGCUGUACGGAGACUACCCCCCGCAGAAACCCGUCACCACUCAGACGUACGGCCUUCCACCGGAGGCCUCUUCUCACCUUCAGGUCCCUCCCACCAUCGGGGAGGUGGACGUGAGGUACGCAAGCCGGCCCGCCAUCAGCCCCGACCGGCACAUCACAGUCCAGGUGUCGAACCCCGCCUACCCACCGGGAAUGGAGCCGCUGGAGGAGAGCGAGCGGCAGGCGCUUGAGGAGUACGAGAAGAUCCAGGACCUGCUGAAGACCAUCGGCCUGGACUUGGGUGUGGCCGACAUCAGCAAGAUGGCCGCCAGGACCAAAGAGAGGCUCCACGGGAACAAGCCUCCCCCGAAGACGCCCACACGCCGCAGACGUUACUCCUCCGGCAGUUCGGACGGCAGCCGCCGCAGCCAAGGCCGGAGGAGGCGGAGCCACAGCAGCAGCCCCAGCAGCAGCAGCAGUGGGAGUCGCAGCCGUGGGCGGGGGGGCAGCUGGAGCAGCGACGACAGCCACAGGAAGAGCUUGGCUCCGCCCACAACUCACAGAGACGUGAAAGAGCCGAAGGUCGAGCGGAGCGACGCAGCACCCACGCCGCCUCCACAAAAGCUUCCUGACCCCAAAACUCUCCCCCCUCCUCACCCCGGGGUGCCCAUACCCAACUACCCCCCCCCACAGGUCCACGGAAUGAUGCCCCCUAACUUUCCCCCGCCGCAUUACGGCCAGUACGGGAACUAUCUUCCUUACAUGCACCAGCAGUGGCCGCCCAUGUACCCGCCCCCAACAUGACACUGCCCCCCCAGACCCGCCCAGACGAGUUCCCCCCCCACUCUGCCCUAUAAACAGGCCUUGAACAGAGUGGCCCCUGAGCCGGGGGCCAAAGCUUUGGUGAAGAGUUGUGUUCAGGACGCUGAGAAGGGAAAAGUCAGCAGCCACGACAGAAGAGUGUCUGAGGAGCAGAACAACGAGAGCCAGAAACAAAAGGUUCUGGAGGAGAGAGAGAAGCUGAAGCAGGAGAGAGAGACCAGGAUGAAGAAAAAAGAAUAUCUGAUGAAGGAGCUGGAGAGACUCCGGAAGCAACAAGGCGAGCUCCUGAGGAAGAAGAGGCGGGAGAAGGGGGGCCACAAAGACCCUCUGCUGCAGGAGAUCAGCCACCUGCAGGAGGAGGUCAUGACUCAGAUCUCCAACCUGCGCAAAGAGCACGAGGCUGCCGAGAAGAAACGCAGCGAGAUCGACAAGGUGGCGCUCAUCCUCGGUCUGAGCCCUUCCGACCGGCCCCGCGGGACCAGUAGGCCGGCCGAGGUCCAGGAGGCCGAACCGCCGCCGCCAGAGAAGAAACGGGAGGCAGAGAGAAGUCCUGAGCGACGGCAGGCAGCCAGCAACUCCAUUAUAAAGCAGACCUCAGCGUUGCCGCCGUCCUUGAGAGCAUCCCAGGACGAGCCGCCCGUCAGCGCCCCGGCUCCGCCUCCGGCCCCGCCCACAGACCCAUUUGAAUACUAUGAUGCAGGAAACCACUGGUGCAAAAACUGUAACGUCACCUCUGGUUCCAUGUUUGAUUUUUUCACACACUUGCACAGCAAAUCACAUCGAAAGACUCUGGACCCGUACGACCGGCCCUGGGCUUCCACUCCCACCAAAACCGCCAAGAACACGCGGGCAGAAGAGAAGCUGACAAAACCCGCCAAAGGUUCAGAGUUCUUGCUGCCUGUCAGAGGAUUCUUCUGCCUGCUGUGUAAAGAGUUUUAUGGAGACGCCAUCUGUGCAGAAGAGCACGUCACCACACACACUCACAAUGAGAAAUACAAGAAACAAAUGUACGAGAAUCCCUUGUAUGAACAGAGGAGGAACCUGGACCGCCAGGCAGGACUGGCCUCAGAGACAAGUGGAAAGAAACGGAAACAUGAGGACGACGAGAAAGGAAACAAAGACAAGGAGGAAAAGUCCAAACCCAAAAAGGAGAAAAGGGACAAGGAGAAAAAGAAGGAAGAGGAUGACACUAUUCAAAAGGAGGAGAAAUCUAAAGUUAAAAAGGAGGAGGAGAAGCCGAAGCUGAGCAAGAAAGAGGAGGAUUUUAAAGAUGCCAAAAGCCUGGAAGAAGAGCGGCCUUCCUAUACCAAAAAAGAUGAGGAUGAAAAGUCUAAAUACAGCAAGAAGGAUGAUAAAUACCGGGUCAGCAGAGAGGAAGAGGAGAGGGGUAAAUACAGCCGAAGAGAAGAAGAAUAUCGGUACCGCUAUCGCAGAGAUGAAAACGACAAAUAUGACGAUCGUCCCAAAUAUGGGCCGAGAGAAGACGAGGACAAGUAUAAAUAUUGUAAAUAUUCAGAUUUCAGGCCCAAAUAUGACAGAGAGAGAGAAGGGAAACCUAAUGCUGAGAAGGAAGCUUUUAAAAAGCUUGAGCCGGGAAAACCAGCAGUGAAACCAGCAGGGAAACCAGAAGUCAGCAAGCCAGAACCUCUGCCAAAGCCCUACGACCCGCCUAAAAUCUUCUCUGGACCCAGUCCAGCCAUGAGGGCAAAGCUACGCAAGCAGAGCCUUGAAGCCAGCAAACCAGCACUGGUGGCCCCGACCCCUUCAUUCGGAAAGUUCAUGUGGAAAAAGAGGGAGAACAUUCUGGCAAAGGAGGCAGAGAAAGUGGCCGCCGAGUUCAUCAAGGAUGACGAAGCGGCUGCGAAGCAGAAUCCAGUCUUGGUAGAGGACUGUUUUGCAAAAUCCCUGGCUGUUGCUAAGGAGAUUGCCCAGAAGCUGGGGGACCAGCCAAGCCAGGUUCCUCCCUGGGUAUCCAACAGCGACAACCGGGGAAGGAUCCGACCAAACCUCCCUGCACCCGCUGCAGUCCUGAGGAAAACAGCCAUGAUGGGUAAACCUGCACCUCUGAACACCUUCCUCUCUAUCAGACCCCAAAACACUAGUUUACAAGGGUAUCCAAAAGAUGGACCACCAGUUGGUGGACCUGGGCCAAUCGAAGUUGUGACUGCACCGGGGGUUGCUAGACAAGAGCCAUUUGAGGUUAAUUGUGUGCCACCAGUUUCUGAACCUGCAGUGUUUGAGGGAAAACCUGCGCCACCAGUUUCUAAACUUGCGGUGUUUGAGGGAAAACUUGCGCCAUCAGUUUCUGGACCUGCGUCGUUUGAGGUUAAUUCUGCACCCCCAGUUUCUAAACCUGCAUUGUUUGAGGUUAAUUCUGCACCCCCAGUUUCUAAACCUGCAUCGUUUGAGGUUAAUUCUGCACCCCCAGUUUCUAAACCUGCAUCAUUUGAGGUUAAUUCUGCGCCACCAGUUUCUAAACCUGCAUCGUUUGAGGUUAAUUCUGCGCCACCAGUUUCUAAGGCUGCUCCAUCUGUGGUUAAAUCUGCACAACCAACAAUGAUUAAGAUAGUAUCUGAUGUCGCAGCUCCCGGCGUCCCAGAAAGUGAGCAAACACGUACUGUAUUUGUUAAGCCUCCUCCUUUCAUGACUAAGAGCAACGGAGCUCAGAAGUCUGAGAAACUGAAGAGUAACCUGGCUGCAGCCAAAGCCCAGGACUUAUUUGACAUAUUCUACAGCAGCGCUGGCCAAUCGGGCUCCUCCUCCAUCACCAAACCAGCAACAGACACUGGAAGUGACAGGAGUAGCAACAAUAAAAGUCAACUUUUACCUACCCCGCAAGCACAAAAACAGCAACCUCAGCCUCUUACCCAGUCCCAACCUCCAACUGUGGUCUGUUUGUCUCCCCAACCAGGCUCAGACAGUUCCCCAAGUCCCCAAAACCAGCCAGAAUCAGACAUUCAGAUUGCAUCCGUUUGGUCUUUGCAGUCUACCCCAAUUCCAACAUCUGAGGUGGCUUCAUCCAAAACUUCACAAACAUCCCAACCAAAACUGAAUCCACCAGCCCAGUCCGAGGCUCAGAGUCUACCCCAAAAACAAUCAUCAGCUCCUAAAUCUGAGUCCCAACUCACCCCACCAACUGAGCCUGAUGAGCCGCAACCAAAACCUCAAACUCUGUCCCAGCCCAAACUGACUCCUCAAAUCCAAACAGAACCACAAUCUCAAUCCCAACCAGACCAGGACACCCCGUCCCAUCCAGAGACCCAUCCUGAUGCAGCUCUAGAACCUGAACCCAAACCAAGCCCCAAAGCUAGAGGCAAGGCAGCAAAGAGAGCCCCCCCUGCCCCCCGCCCUGUCCGACAAACUAGAUAUCAGACCCGGCGGCAGCAGCAGAGCCAGUCCGAGCCAGAGCCUGAGCCGGCUUCAGGAGAUUCUGACUCGGCAGCGUCAGACCUAAAAGGGCUGGACACAUCAGAUCUGGGCUCUGGAUUGCAUCUGGGAGGGGCACCCAGCGAGGGGGACCCUCAGAUGAUGGAGAUUACCCCAGAAAACCUGGGUCUCCCCUCCGACAUGACCUCUCUGGACUUUGAUUACAAUUUUAACUUUGAGUAGGAGUUGACCUGACUGUGUGACGGGAAUCUGGGCAGGGGGUUCUUUAAAACCUCUCAUACGUCCAGUUUGAUCAGAAGAUCGUCAGCCGCAGUCUGUGAUCAAUAAAUUACUGGACUUAAGACCCUCAUCUGUUUAAAGGACCAGUUUAACGUUGAAUGAAACCAUCUUGUUCUCCUUCUUCUCCAGAGUCUGAUGUUUCAGAUAUCGACUUCAUUCCUGUGUAUCCAGUGCAGACAUGGAUCCAGGACGUCUCUAGUCCUGGAUGGCACAUAAUCCUAUACUGUUACUGAUCACAAAAAUCCUCUAAAGGACAAAAACCAACAAUGACUUUAUGAGUAUUUAGUAAAUGGUUUAUGCCUUUGUGUCGUAGACCUCCAUUGUUAACCAGAUGCUACUUGUCAGUAGGAUACAUUCAGUGUUUGAGUCUGCACAUGGGAUCUGAUGUUAAACAUCCAUAUCUUUUUCUAGUCUCUGGACGACAACAGGGCUCUGUGGUACAGAGUUAUAAGCUACUUCAUGUGGCCAUAAGAUCUGGGUCUGGUUUUCAUGGUUUGGGAGAGGCCCCCUUGGUUCAGUGGGGUCCCCCAAAGGGUUACAAGUUUAUUUUAAGAGGUUGUAAUGGUGUGUUCCCACCAAACGCAACACAAAUUGUCCCCUUGUGUUACUCACAGGAUCGGUUGGGAAGAGAGAGUGAAGAUAAAUUGAAUCCCCACAGUUUGAGUAAUAAACAGUGUAAACCGAUCAGAUCAGGAUCCGGUGGGACUCUGGCUGUUUAUGGGCUCUCUCCUGCAGAGCUCCCCGGGCGCCAGCAGCUGUCUGUGGGCAGCAGCAGCUCCGUCUCUCCCUCCUCCUCCACACAGACUGCAAACACCCCGACAUACGACACAAUGAGCCCCUCUAAGUUAAUAUUGUUCACUUGAAUGGGGCGAAUGUUGCGUGUGCUCCCCAUUCGCUUCUGUGCAUUGACUCUGUUUGUAAUCUACUCCAAUAAUGUGAUUUGCGUUUGGUGGGAACACACUAUAAUACAAUUAACAUAAAACUUUAUUUUCUUAUUUCAGAAGAUCCUCUUAUGAAUAACUGGAUAAUAUUUCCUCUUCUUGCCUCUAAAAUGAGUAAAAUAAUCAGCGUCUGCUAGCAGCCCACUGACAUACAGAAUCACUGCCUCAUUUUAAGGAGGUAAAAAAGGUUGAAAUUCUUCUGCUGUCCACAUACUUUUGGUCACGUAGUGUAUCUCAGACUCUACAGACGAUACUUGUUAGCGGGAUGAAUCCAUCGUUCUGAUAUCCACCUUCUCAUCGGACUGUGUGGAAGACGGCAGCAGAGAGUUCCUAAAAUGUCUAACUGUUCCUUUAAAGACGAGCGCUGAGUGUUUGUCACACGUUCAGAUAUAAAAUCUCUCCUCGUUCUUUCUCCUCCGGCAGGUAAAGUACCGGACUCCCUUUGUUCGUUUCCUUCUUUUCUACUGGAGGUCAGACUCACGGGUCAGUCAGUGUUUCCUCUCUGAUGGAUGACGAGGUGUUUUUCACUGUUCAGCUGGUGAAAUCAAAGCGGCAGCACGGACCAAAAUCAGCUCUGUUAGUUUGAAAGCUGCAGUUCACUUAUUCACUGAAGGUCCAGGAGCUGAUUGUGUGAAAGAGCGUCAGGUUUUUGUCCUGCGUUGUGUUUGAAGCACUGAUCCGUGGUCAGUGUCACUGUGUGUGAAUCGAAACAAACUUGUCUUGUAAAGUGAGUUUUAAUAAAAGUUAGUGAGGAAACAAACA